AUCUACAAUACCCCCGGGCUGACGCGCGCUAUCUUCACAGUUGAUAUAAUAAAUAAUGAAUGAAUCUCAAAGGAUUGCGUAGGACCUGAUUGCCGCUACCGAAAUAAUUGUUUUGGUGUGUCAAUUCUCUGCCGUGACGGUGUUUGGUUAAAGGGAUACCGUGGUAGCCUACCGGUGAUGAUCAACCUGACAGUGCGAGCCUCCCAUGACAGCCAAACCAAGUGAUGCAGCGAAAGGCGCGUGUUUUUCUUGCUUUGGGAAACGCGAGAUGAAACAACCGGGAGCGAAAGGAGCAAAGGCUCAUGUGUAUUAAGGGAAUAUGACACCAGAAUGACUUUAUAUUUCCCUUUCGGACUUAAGUCAUUGCAUCAGAAUUUCCAUUACGGAAUGCAACAGAAUCGGUGACCAAGGAUACUGGACGAUUUGCUGGCUGCCAUCUGCUGCUCAAAGAAGCAAUAUGCUAUUAGAAUUCAUCCAACGUCUUUAUACUCCUAUGGAAACAGCAACUCUGGGCAGAAUAUGAAAAAAAAAAAAAAAGCCAUUAAAUCUAGAGGAUCGGAUUUUGUGAGCAUCUCUUGCUUGCUGCGGUCUGCUUUCCCUCAGCAGGCUACCAGUAACAAUAUUUUAGUUUCUCCAAUGACUGUCUAUCUGUUGUUAAUAUUGAAUUUUGGUGGUAUUUAUUUGUCUGAAACCACGUGGCUGCUAUUUGUUUUGCAUCUCUUCUGAAGAGAGAGAGAAAAAGAGAAGAGGACUGUUACCUGCAAUAUGUCUAUAUUCACAUCUUAAAUGAUUUAAUACACAGAUGUUGAUGGAUGAGCAGUCAAACUGGAGCUAAUAACAGCAUCUCAUUUAUCUCAUUCACCUCCUCCAAUCAAAUGUUAUGUAUUAUUUAUACACUUAACAGCAACCGGGACCUCAUCCCCCCCAAGGAGCAUCAGAGGAGACACAGUGGAAGAACUCUGGGGAUAUGGGAAUGCCAUUCAUUCUUCUUGAGGAAAAUUGAAGUUUAAUACAAAGGUGCUUGUUUAUCAUUAAAAACAAAGGUGUUUCAGCAUUAGACUAAAGUCUUAACACGAAAAACCAAGCUCAGGUGAAUGACCUCCGUCUUGAGUGUGUGUGUGUGGAAUGCUGGACAUCAGAAUGAAGGAGGCGUGUCGUAUCUGCGCAAGGGAGCUCUGCGGUAACCAACGGCGAUGGAUCUUCCACCCCGCCUCCAAACUCAACCUGCAGGUGCUCCUGUCCCACGCCCUGGGGCGAGAGCUGAUCCGCGACGGCCGCGGCGAGUUCGCCUGCUCCAAGUGUGCCUUCAUGCUGGACCGCAUGUAUAGGUUUGAUACGGUGAUUGCCCGGGUGGAGGCUCUGUCCAUUGAACGGCUGCAGAGGUUGCUCCAGGAGAAACACCGGCUACGGGGCCUCAUUGGUGGCCUCUACCGGAAGACCAACAGGGAGGAGGGAGGCAGUGAUGGAGGGGCCAUUACUGGGCCUGGGGAUACGGGAGGAGGGGGAGGAAGGGUACAGGGGGAUGGUAUGGUGGAUAUGUCCAGUCUGACCCAUGCUAAGUACUGUGCCCUGCUCCAGGAGGACUUGGUGUACUCUCUGUAUGAGUCCUGGGCUGAGGAGGGGUUAGAGUUCGGGGGUCACCAUCAUCAUCAUCAUGGGCAUGCCCCACAAUGCGCAGGGCCUGCGUCAGAGGUGACGGCUGUGGGGUCACAGCGCUGUGGGAUUGUCACGCGUUCACCCAGGAAAUGCAGAGGGUGCACGGCGUGGCGAGUGGCGGACUCAGACUACGAGGCUGUGUGUAAAGUACCCAGGAAGUUGGCACGGAGUAUUUCCUGUGACCCAUCGACGAGGUAUUCGGCUAGCGUGAUUGGAGGAGGACGUGUGAGUGGAGGAGAAAGAGGAAGAGGAGGGGAGAAAGAUCCAGAGGGGACCCCCUCCUCGCUCACGCUGAUCCCUGGGUCCAACCCUCCGUCCCGGGCUUCGGACAGCGACCGUACCCUGGCGGCCCGAGCCAGCUCCAGCCCCUCUAUAGACUCCCUGGACAUAGCAGGAGAAUCUAGCCAGCUGUCUGCAAUCCAAGACGGGGACGAGGGGCUAGAGUAUCCCCAGGACCCCCUGGAUGAUCGGUUCUCCGACUCCCUCUCCGAGGAGCACCACCUGGUGACUCCGCUGAGGUCGGCCUCCCGCCUCUCACUGGCCCUCUGCCUGGUCCAGAACUGUGUGUACCGGCCAGUCCAGAGCCCCAAGGGAAGCAGACUGCCUGUACUCAACAGACAUAGCCCCAGAAGCGAAGGCUCCAAACUGAGCUUCCAUGAGCCGGCCUUGGGUUUUCCGAAUGGAGGUCCGAAUGGAGAGGGGGAGAUCCAUGGCCAUGUGCCCGACCUGGAGGCCCCUCUGAUCAGGCAGAAUGGAGGGAUGGAUGGGGGUCUGGACCUGGCUGAGAUGGAAGAGCUGUGGGAGGAUCUGUAUCAUGAGUGUCCUCCCCCACGCCCCCACCAGACUCUGAUCGAGGAGCAGCAGAGCCAGUUGAACCAGUAUGAGUGUGCAGCAGGUCAGUGUGUCAGUGAGCUGCAGAAGGCCCAGCUCCAGGUCCAGUCCCUGCAGACCAAGAUCCACGAGAGCGAAGCCAACAACGCGAAGUUGCAGGAGAAGCUCAGUGAGAUGGAGUGUGAACUGCGUUCCAUCCGCCAGGGAGCUCAGAACCAGGAGCGCACCAUCCAAUGCCUGACUGAUUCUGUCAGUACCAAGGACAACGAGGCCGAGGAGCUGUACCAGCUAAUUGAGGGGCAGAACGCCACACUGUGUAAGCUGAGAGAGAUGGCCCACCGCAACCAGAUCACGCACACUCAGGCUGCAGAGGGGGGCAGUGAGGGUGCGGCUUUAGCCCAGCUUCAGGGUGAGUUGGUGGGGUUACAGAGCUCUCUGUUCACCCUGGGUCUGGAGCUGGAGGCCAGUCAGAGAGCCCAGAGACAGAGCCAGAGACAGGCUGAGGACCUGAGCAGAGCUAAAGACAGACUCCAGUCUGACCUAAAGGAGGCACUGCAGCACAGGGAGGUCACCGACAAACACAACCAGGACUUGAGCAGUGUCCUGGCUCAGUCUCGCUUUGAGCUGCAGGCUAAAGAGGCUCAGCUUAAGGAAAGCAAGGCAGAGAAACACACGGAGGUUCAGGAGAGAGACAGGCACAUCACCCAGCUCAAACACUCCCUUCAGGACAAGGAGAGGCAGCUACAGGAGUACUCUGAACUCCUGGAGUCAGCAGACAGCUCCAAACCCAGAGAUGCUCUGCUGGACAGACUGAGAGAACGCAUCAGGGACAGGGACAGAGCAUUGGAGCGGUCUAUAGAUGAGAAGUUCAGUGGUCUGGAGGAGAGGGAGGAGCAGGUGAGGAAACUACAGCUGGCCCUUAGAGAGAAGGAACGAGACCUGGAGAGACUGCGCUGUAUACUGUCCAACAACGAGGAGACUAUCACGAAUCUGGAUGCGUUGGUGCGGAGUAAGGAGCUGGAUGUGGAGCAGGCAGCAGAAGCUCACAGGAACCUGCAGUGGCUUCAGCAGCAGAGCGAGGAGAGAGAGAAGAGCACUCUGAGAGAGAGAGACACGCUCAUCAGCCAGCUACAGACUGCCCUGCAGACACGCAGCCAGGAGACACAGGUCCUCACGGCAGCCCUCCUGGCUAAGGUCCAGGCAGGCCCUAGUGGGGUGGUGGAGGAGCUGAAGGCUCGCCUCACGCUGAAGGAGAAACUGUUUCAGGAACUGCUGUCAGACCGCAGCCGCCAGAGCCACGAACACCAAGCACAGGUCCAGGAUCUGCUCAGCACCAUCAGCACUAAGGACCAGUACAUACAGGACUGCACUGAUAGGCUCUCUCAAGUUAUUGGCGAGCGGACAGGCCAGCUUCAGGAGCUGCGCAGGCAGCUGUCGUCACAGGAACGGGAGAUGGGCGAGCUGCGGAGGGAUAGAGAGAAGGAGAGAGUGGAAGAGGCAGAGCGACUGCAGAACCUGCUGAAGGAGAAAGAGGCUUUUAUCCAGAGUCUGAUGCAGGGCCAGGAGGAGAGCAUGGAGCCCUCCACACCAGAGGGGGCAGCAGAGGUACAGGUCAUUCAGGAGGAGCUGCAGCUGGUCAGUAAGAAGGAGAAGGAGGCUCAGCUGGAGCUUUCAGCCCUGCGUUCAGCUCUAGCUCAGGCCCAGGAGCAGGCCCAGAAGCAGGGGGAUAGAUUUAAGAUCCUGGCCCCAGGAGUAGUAGCAAGGGAGCCCUCCAACACUGACCACCAGAGUGUGUUGGAGCAGUUGGUCAGUGAGUACCACAGGCUGAACGAUGCUCUGAGGGCAGAGAAGAGGCUGUACCAGAGUCUGAGCCACAUCCAGGCCAGAGGAAACAGCAGCUCAGAGAAGACCCAGGCCCUGCACACAGAACUAGACUCUGUUCAGGCACUCCGAGGGCAGCUGGAGGAGGUCCUAGCCAGGACCCGGAAAACCGCCCUGGCACUGGAGAGGGCAGCUAAGAGGCAGUCUGACUUUGGAGAGCUCAGCACGGAGGAAGAGGUGGAGGGAGAUGAUGAAGAGGGCAGCACUGAUGAGUUCUCAGACAGUAUCGAAGACGAUGAGGAGAAACUGACUGCCAAAAGCCUGGCCUCCACUAAGAAUGCUGGAAUGGCCUGUGAGCAGGGGGUGCUGUCUGGAGGACCUGUGAGUGGAGCACUGUCCCAGGGGGCCGAGGGGCAGGUGAAGCAGCUGGCUGAACAGAAGAGGGCACUAGAAGAAGAACUGGAGGAGAUGAGAACACAGCUGGAGACCACCGGCUGCUCCUCCCUAGCCCAGAUGAGGAGUACACUGCUGCGGCUGCAACAAGAGAAUGAGGCCCUGAAAGAGAACCAAGGGGGAGUAGAGGGUCUAGGAGAGCUGGAAGAUCCAACAGACAUGUGCCAAGGAUGGCAACAGGAAGAGGAGGAGGAGAUGGAGGAAGAGGAAGAGGUACUACCAGCAGUGGUACCCACCCAGGGCAAGCGAGGCCCCCCAGCAUUAAGGCUGAGAGAGGGAAGGGGAAAGAGACAGUGUACCAGACCUCACUCCUUAGACCUGGGAACUCUUCUGUCCCACCGUCAGCCAGACCACACAGAGAAGGAGGCGGAGUCUGACGAUGUCACUGGUGAUGUGGGCGGGUUCUGGCAGCAUGUGGAGGUGGGUCUCCGUGAGCAGGUGGUACGUCUGCGUUCUGAUUUAGCGCUGAACAGACAGGAGAGCCGAGAGCUGCAGGAGAGACUCAUGGUGUCUGAGGCCACAGUCCACGCACAGGCUGAACAACUCAAGGACUACAGGGAACUACUGACGGAGACAUCAGUUGAGCAGGACAGUAAGCAGGUCCAGGUGGACCUACAGGACCUGGGCUACGAGACGUGUGGCCGUAGUGAGAACGAGGCAGAGAGAGAGGACGUCAGCAGCCCAGAGUUUGAUGAUCUGGAGAUGUGUACGUUACUGAGCCACCAGCAGGACUAUGAGCAUGCUGGGGUUUGGUUCCAUGGUGAUGUGGGUGUGGGUGGAGCUUUUGAAGAAGGGGCGGAGUCGAGGACAGGCUCUCUACAGCAAUUGGUCCAGGACCUGCGUUCUCAGCUGACCCGCUGUCACAAGGUGAUUCGUGAGUUGCAGCUACGUGUGCGUUCACUAUCCACCACCAGCGACUACACAUCCAGUCUGGAACGCACCCCGCGCAAGGUGAACUGGGCAUUCGAGGCCUCCCCAGCCCCCAGCGGUGUGGAAGAGGAUGAGGGCUGGAUGUCCGACAGCCUGGGGCCUCGCAUGGAACCCAAGCCCAGCCGGGAGCUGCGAGAGCUGGUGUCCCGAGUGGCCUCACUGGAGGCCCAACUCAAGAGCUCCAGGCUGGAGGGGAAAGGAGGGGUGGUGGAGGAGGGGAAGUGUGCUACCUGGCCCGGGAAGUACAACACUCUGAUCCAGGCACAGGCCAGGGAGUUGUCCCACCUGCGUCAGAAGAUGAGGGAGGGCCGCGGAGUGUGUCACAUCCUCACACAGCACCUGGGAGACACCACCAAGACGUUUGAGGAGCUGCUGCGUGCCAACGACAUUGACUACUACAUGGGCCAGAGCUUCAGAGAGCAGUUGGCACAGAGCACUGCCCUGGCACAACGAGUGGGCACCAAGAUCAGUGGGCGUGACCGUGCUGAGCUCCAUGAUGAUAAGAUGGGCCAUGAGCUGCUUGCUUUACGGCUAAGUAAGGAGCUCCAGCAGAAGGAUAAGAUCAUCGAGUCCCUCCACACCAAGCUACAGCAGCGUUCCGACACCCCCUGCAGCAGCCACGCCCACUCAGAGACCACUGACCAAUCAGACAGGACCUCCUUUGUGUCAGACGAGUGCCGGACCAAUGAGGACCUGGAGCUGUGCUCAGAUGUGGACGCAGCCAGCGAAUACGCUCAGGAAGAGCAGGGACAGGGGGCGAGACAUGGCCCAGGAAACACAGACCUCCACCACUCCCUCCCUCCACCCUGUCUUAAGUUCUCCAGCAGUUGUCCUAACAUGCUGUACUCCACCCCUGAGAUGGCCAGUCAGACAGGCUUUGUGGUUCCGCACGCCAAGGCUUUGUCUAACCUCCCACCGGCCGCCCACCACCAGCCAGACCACUCCCCUUUCGGGCAGAUUACCCAUCAUGCCUUUUACCCACACCAGCUAGGUGGCCGACCCGCAGGCCACGCCCUGAAGGCCGACACAGGCCUGGUGGAGAAUGGUGCAUUGUGGGAUAUGGAGAACAUGGUUGAGCCAGCCAGGGUUGGGUCAUCAGGAAACAAUUCAAGAAACAGCUUCACUGGUGUGGACGUGAUCGAAGAGCACCUUAGAGAGGUGCGGUGUCUGCGUCAGCGGCUGGAGGAGACCAUCAGGACCAACGAGAGGCUCAGACAGCAGCUAGAGGAACGCCUGGCCACCACCGGCCACGACGGAGGAGCCCCCACUAACAUCUAUAUCCAGGGGCUGGACUCUGUCAGCCAGCUGUCCAAUGAGAUCCGAGUCCUGAAAGAGGAGAACCUGGCUCUCCAGGCACACCUACAGGCCAGCUCAGAUACAUGUGAGGAGGCAGAGCAGCUGCGUAAGGUGGUGGUGACGGGGCGUGCCCGCCUGAAGCAGGCGGAGCUAGAGGCGGAGCAGUGGAAGGAGGAGCUCCGACGGCUGCAGACACACAGCCAGGAGCAGGGGCAGCAGAUACACACACUCAGACAGGAAAGGCAGAACAGCCAUGAGAAGAACAAUAGUCUCCAGCAUGAGGUGUCCCUGCUGCAGCAGCAGUUGUGUGAAAGCAGGGAGCUGCUCCACUCUCUACAGAGUGAGCUGCAGGUGUACGACAGAGUGUGUGCCAACACCAAGGGCAACCCAGGGUACCGGUGUGAGGGACAGUACGGUGGGGUCCCUGCCCUGCCCGUGGAGCUGGGGGAGCUGCUAGGGGAGGUGAGGAGCCUCAGAGCCCAGCUCCAGUCCAGUGUCCAGGAGAACAGCGUCCUGAAACAGCUGGAGCUCCACAAACACCUGGAGCAGAAGCUGGGAGCUGGGGUCCACAGAGGGGUGGGGGGCAUUGGGGGGAUGGAGCCCCCUCGUACCCCGUCUCUCAGUGCCCUUACUGCCAGCCCACAGAGGGACAGCCUCUACAGACGGCAGCUACUGCAUGACCCAGCUCCGUCUCCCCCGGUCAGAGACAUUGGGCUGUUUAACUGUGGAUCUCCAUACCACGUCCCCUACACGGACUUGGAGGAGACCCCGCUCACUGCCAAUGAUCUGGACCCCCACUCAGAGCUGGAGGGUGACGCCCCGGACGGUUCGUUCUCUAACCGGAACGGGCGCCAUGCCAUUGGGCACGUGGACGACUACAGCGCUCUGCAGCAGCAGGUCCUGGAGGGGAGGAGUUUGGUCCAGCGAAUGGAAACAGCUCUGCAGGCCUGCCUCAGCCAAUCAAUGCUGGAGGGCAGCCAGGACCAGGUCCUCCUGGACUAUGGGUGUGUGAGGAGUCUGCUGUCUAACACCAAGACCCUGAGACAGAUCCUAGAGGAGGUUGUGUCCCUGCUGAAGAUGUUCUGGAGGGCUGCCCUGCCCAACACAGACCGUUCCACCCAUAGCCUUAAGAAGGAGCAGUGUAUGCAGGAGGAGAUUCUGUCUCUGAGGGGGCGUAUCUCGGAGCAGGAGGAGGUGCUUCAAGGAACCAUCCAGAGACUGAGGAGCACCAGCCGCACCAAGGAAAGCAUGGAGCACUUCAUCAUCAACCAGCUAUCAAGGACUCGCGAUGUGCUGAAAAAAGCAAGGACUAACUUGGAGAAGAACGAUCGGAGGAUGUCCUCUCUAAGCUCCUCCUCUUCCUCUCCUUAUGCUGCUGAAGUCCGAAGUCCCGCCAAUGAACGGCCUACUGAUUGGAGUUUCUUGAAGCCUGGUGACGCCCCAGCAAAGUCCAAUCAGCGUCCGGGAACCAGGAAGCGCAGCAGCCAGUGCCUGUUUCAGGUGCUGACCUGUUAAAGAACCAGCCAGCCCAACACCACGACCUCUGACCUCACCGCCAGAACAGCCACAACACCUCCUCUGCCUCACCUUUCACCCCAUCCACCUCUCCGCCUAGUCUAUAGCAUCGAACGUCAAUCCUCAGAGCACUCCAUCCAUCUUUCUUUCUUUCUCCACCAUUUCUCUCCUGCCGGCAAUUCUUGCCCAAGACUCCUGCCUCCUGCACCUCAAGCCUUACCUGAACUCUUCCUCCUUUAGUGUGCAUUCCUCUACCCUCGUUUGACUGUUCUUCAUCCAUCCCUUUCUUUUCGCCCACCUCCACCCAUCCCUGUUCUUCUGUUGGUGUCUUUUAGCUCCAGAGACUGUUGGUUCAGUCUGAUGUUUGUCUUUUGAGUGUGAAGAAGGUGGUUUGAAAUGUGCCUCUGAUGGUAACAGUAAUGUGUGUCCUUGACUGCAGUAGAAGGAGUAGGAUGAAGCUGCCUCUAGAGACUGAUCUAAGGUCAGAUUUGCCUUUUCCUUAUUGGUUAAGUUAAUGGAAUAUGGGGAAGUAAGCUGAUCCUAGAUCUGUGGCUAAGGGAAGCUUCUACCCGGAGCAUAGAAAGAGCGUGCUCCUCUGCCUGGUAGCUUUUGGACGGGAUAAGUGUCAAUGCAUGUGAACUCAAGGCUUGAGAAAGGAAAUGUAUACAAACGUAUACACACAAAGUACAGUACACACACAUACAUUCACAGACAUACAUGAUCAAUCAAUUUAUUUUCAAACAAAUCUUCAACUUCGAUUGCCACUGAAAUGCAAGCUUUCUUCUUGUGGCAUUUCAUCAACGAGGACUUUCUUUGCAAAUACAAUGCAAAAAAUACAAUGACAUCCACAAUCUAGCAUAUGUCAAUCUGCUGGAAUCACAGUGGAGGAAUGUAUAGGUGUAACACUUCUAGGUAAUUGUGUGCCAUAUUUAUCUGUGGAGGAUGAUGCCUGUGAAUGGUCUCUGCCAUUAGCCAAGUGUUCUGGAUAGCAGAACAAAGGCCCCGUUCCAUUUCAAUCACUAACCCCUUCCCUUAGCACCUACCUCAUCAGUGUUCACAGAUCUGAAUGGACCAGAUAGGUGAAAGCAAUAUGGUUAUGGCUCCACCUAGCCCUCCGAUGAUCUAACACUGAAGAGGUAAGGGCGAAAGUAGGAGCUGAAAUGGGCCGAGGCCGAACACGCGUAUUCAAGCUCCUCUUUAGGAGUCCUCAGACGAGCAAGUGCAAUAAUGACGUUGUUUAUUGAAUGAUCAUGGCGCACCAGCUAUUUUGCUUUUUGCCUGACACUGAAACUUAAGCAUUUAGCCACUCUUGAUAAGGUGAAAAAGAUUGUCAGUACAAUAUUAUAUUACUUACUAUCCUGAAUACUACUGACUGAAAUAAAAUGUAGUUUUUAUGCAGUGUUGAUGCAUCAGAGGUUUGAAAAGGAACAAUCUAAACCUUUGUUCGUGGAACAGAGUAUCACCAAUACUUGCCAAAGUUUGAACUUUGAACUCUUCGUGUACUUGUUUGCCAUACCUAUGCGAAUGACAUAGCCUAUUGUAAGCAUGAUGUGACUCUAUAGGAAGACAUCAGCCUAGUAUAUGAGACCACCUAUGACAAUAUGAUGGAGAUAUCAUUUUAGUGGCUGCUCUUUGAGAGCCAUUUGAAGCAGAGAGACGGUAACCGUCAGAUGAUAAGUUCACUUUAGUUGGACAUGUGCUUUAUUAACGAGCAUAUCGUCAUUAAUGGGCCAAACCUUUCAAAAAGAGAAUCUUUCACACUAGGCUACUACUGCUAUGUGAAUUACAAAAAUCUAAAUUGUGCUCCUGUGAGAGAUGUACCACGAAACCAGAGAAUAUUAUUCUGGAUUGUUAAAUUUCCAUUGGACUUCUUUUUUGUCUCAGUUUAGAUCAUCAUUGCAUUCCCAUGGUGUUAUUGGCAACAUAUUCCUUAUUCUCCUAGCUGUUCCAAACUUUGGCAGGCUACUGGUGGGACCGAUGUUCUAGAUUUCACAAUAGGUGAAGAUGUCACAC